UUUGUCCCUCCAACUACAUGCAGAGCACACGUCUUUCCAGGAGUGGUGUUUGGGUCCGCAUUGACGCCGUCAAGGCAUCGUUCCUCACGGGCACCGAGUACCAGGAGGCAACCAAGAAGGACCCGUACCUCAAGGUCCGGUUCGGCAAGCUCUCGCUGGAGACGCCGCACGUGACCGACUCUCUCGAGCCCGAGUGGAAUCGGAGGUAUGCAUGGCCGCUGGAGACGUUUGUCAAGGAGCUGAGCUGGUCGUCAUCGGCCUUUGAUGUCAAGAUCGCCAACAAGAACGUCUUCCGCUCGUCGUUUAUGGGUGGCUAUGUCGCUGCCGACGAAGAGAUCCGCCAGUGGCUAGACGAGGCCACGCCCGAGAGCCUCUCGGACCGGCUUGGUGUGGCUGUUCUCCGCUUGAUAGACCUGACUCUCAGCGAUGUUCAGGGCGACGACCUACGUGUGGUCAAGACCUUCAAGCUCUACCCCAAGAAAGAGUACAAGGCAAUGGGCAAGCUGUCGCGGGCGGAGCGUAAUGCCCGCUUUGCAGCCUCUAAUGCCCAUGUCGACGAGCAUGGCAAUGCGGUCGACGAGGAUGCGGUCGGCGUUGUGACCCUCGCACUCUCGCUCGGCGCUCCGCCGGCCACGUGGACAGUCUCGGUCCAAGACUCGGUCCUCGCGCGGCUCAACUCGAUCUUGGGCCCGUCGUCCGACUACGAGGCCAAGUUUGACGCCCAUGGGCGCAUUUUCUACCUCAACCACGCAGCACAGAGUGUAACCUACGAGGCGCCGCCGCAGCUGGCGGCAGCCGACCUCAACUCGUCAAUUGGUUCGGUUGAUGACACUUCCAUGUGGUCCGUCGGCGACGGCUCGCUGGUUGCUCACGUCGCCAGCGACGACGAGAGCGUGACUUCGGCGCCGUCCGAGGACUCGGACACGUAUGCGGCAUCGCCGGUGUGGUGGCGGACUAAGCAGCUCGGGCCGAUGCCGCCGGGGUGGGAGCUUGGCAGCGAGGGCGCGGCCAAGCCGUAUUUCAUUAACCACUCGCUCCGCAAAACAACGUGGGACGAUCCGCGGGUGCCCGGGCCGGCGGACACCUUCCAUGUCGACGUCCAGACGGUGCUGGCAGCCAACGCGCCGCUGGAGGACGGCUGGGAGCGGCGGGUGAUGGCGGUGACGCACCGACUGUACUACAUCAACAUUGAUUUGUGGCUCUCGCAAUGGAACGCUCCGGGUGAAGAGUUUUCUGAGCUCGAGAGCUACCAUGACGAGGUCCGCGGCGCGUUCCCGCCGGGCUGGGAGCGCAAGAUUAUGGGCGAUGGUUCGGUCUUUUACGUCAAUCACCUGUCCAAGUCAACGACGUGGACCGACCCGCGGCUGGCAAGCGAGUCAGGCGACGGCGCCGGGCCAUCGAUGUCGACGGCGGCCGGCUCGGCCGACGCGACCGGCUUUCAGAAUCAGCUUGCCGCGCUCCACAACGAGCUGCCGUCGGUCUCGGGCGAGACCCUCAUCACAGUCUCGCGUGACCGGCUGUUCGAGGACGCGUACCAACGGAUUAUGGCGCUCGACUCUACCGCACUCAAGCGGUACUUUCGCGUUCAGUUUGACGGCGAAGCCGGGCUGGACUACGGCGGUCUCUCGCGCGAGUUCUUCACCACCAUCUCACAGUCGAUGUUCUCACCUUACUACGGGCUGUUUGAGUACUGUGGGUCGGACACCGGUACGCUGCAGAUCAACAAGCACUCGGGUCUUGUGGCCGAUGACCACCUGCGGCUGUUUCGGCUGGUGGGGCGGACCAUCGGCCUUGCUAUCCGCAACGGCAAGCUGAUGGAGGCAUACUUUACGCCUGCCUUUUACAAGCACCUCCUCCGGCGGCCGGCGACGCUGCGUGACAUGCAGUCGUACGACCUCGAGACGUACAACUCGCUGGCGUGGGCCUCGUCCAACUCGAUCGACAACAUCUUGUUUGAGACGUUCUCGGUUGUCGAGCACACCUUUGGCACCGAGGUUGUCAUCGACCUCAUUCCCGAUGGGCGCAACAUCGACGUGACCGACGCCAACAAGGCGCGGUACAUCGGGCUGCUCAUGAACUACUACCUGUUCGACUCGGUCGAGGAGCAGAUGGAGGCGAUCCGGACCGGCAUCGCUGAUGUCUUUGACCUGGCGCUCCUCGAGCGGUUCGACUCGCGCCAGCUCGAAUACCUCAUCUCGGGUCUCGGCACGAUCGACGUCGACGACUGGCAGGCGCACACCACGUACUCGGGCCCGUUCUCGUCCUCGCACAAGCAAAUUCGCUGGUUCUGGGACAUUGUCCGCUCGUUCAACGACGAGGAGCGGUCGCGGCUGCUCUCGUUUGCCACAGGCACCUCGCGGGUCCCGCUCGGCGGCUUUGCGCACCUCGUUGGCUCCAACGGGCCGAAGCAGUUUGAGCUUGACAGCCUCCCAGGCUCGGCCGACCGCCUCAUGUACGCCCACUCGUGCUUCAAUCGCAUCAACAUGCCAGUCUAUCCCUCGCGCGCCGUCUUUGAAAACAAGCUCCGUCUCUCCAUCAUGGAGAGCGCUGGCUUUGACAUUGCGUAGACGCGCAAGCGCCGGCGCAAGCGAGAAGGGCAGCAAAGCUGCAACGCUCUCCACGCGUCACGGUGCUCAUCUUCGGUGCCGCUCACGCUCCGCGCGCCACGUCGCGCUGGAGUCGGAGCAUGUUGAGGACGUCGGGGUCGAGGCCGGUCUUGGUGGCAGAGAGGAACUGGUAGAGGACAGUGGACGCGACGUCGACGAGGAUGUAGAAGAAAAACGUGCCGUCAAAGUUGGAGGUAAAGGCGAGGCAGAGGUA